GCUCCCCUGAUCCCAGAUUCCCGAUCCCAAUCCCGGAAUUCCCGAUCCCAAUCCCGGAAUUCCCAAUCCUAAUCCCGGAAUUCCGGCUCCAUAGGGACGAGCAGGCUCUCCUGCUGAAUCCGGGCCUGGGCGAUCGGCUCCUGGUGGCGGCCACGGAUCAGCUCCUGGAUUCCUGGGAAUGUCCGGAGGAGGAGCGGAUCCAGCCGAUCCCCUGGAUCCCGGCCGGCCCCGAGGAACGCGCCAAGGGGAUCCGCCUGCUGCUGCCCCACGGAAAGCCGGUGACACAGGUGACCUGGCACCCCAAAGGCGAUUACUGGGCCUCGGUGCAGCGCAAUCCCGGCGGGCGCCAGGUGCUGAUCCACCAGAGCAGCCGGCGCCGGAGCCAGGAUCCCUUCCGGAAAAAUCCCGGCCGGAUCCAGUGCGUGCGGUUCCAUCCGCUCCGGCCCUACUUCCUGGUGGCUUCCCAAAGAUCCGUGCGGAUCUACAACCUCCUGCGCCAGGAGCUCACCAAGAAACUGCAGAGCGGCUGCCAGUGGAUCUCCAGCAUGGCCGUGCACCCCGCAGGGGAUAACGUGAUCUGCGGCAGCUACGACAGCAAAUUGCUUUGGUUCGAUCUGGAUCUGUCCACCAGGCCCUACAGGACGCUGAG